CUUUCACGUGCACGAGUUUCCCGUAUGUAUACCAUAUGUCAGUUAUGUCAUCGUCAGCGUGUGAGAGUAAAGAGAGCUGUAGUGAUACUAGUGAAUCCGAUCUGGAGCCAAAACCUAAAAAGAAAAAGAAAGAAAAGAAAAAGAAAGAAAAGAAAAAGAAGCGAAAACUCUCAACCGAAAGUGCGAGAGAAAGUAAAAGUAACGAGAUGAAAGAAUUUCAUACAACACACAGAAAUAAACACAAAAAGGAAAAGAAAAAACGGAAGAGAAAAGAGAAGAAAGACACAAAAGUGAAAAAGAGGAAGAAAGAGUGUACAGAUGAAGAAGAUAGCACAAGAAAGCAAAUGAUGGGAAGUCCCGUAUGUUCCCAUCAGACUGAUUCUCCUUGCAGUAAAGAAAGGGUUGUUGGAAUGAUGACUAAGGAAGAAUGGGAAAGGCAGCAGAAAAUUGUUCGAAGAAUUGUUGAUCCGCAGACUGGGAGAACAAGGCUGGUAAAGGGCAGUGGUGAGAUCUUAGAAGAAAUAGUCAGUCGAGAGAGACAUCGAGAAAUCAACAAGCAAGCAACUGUAGGAGACGGUGUUUCAUUUCAAGCUCAACUGGGCGUGUACAAAUAGACAGCAGCUGUGAAGUCGCGUCGCACAAGUGAACGGUUGUGCACCAAGUGGCUGUUUGCUUUGUGAUCUUUGAUGAUUUCUUUAUACAGUGAAAGACUGGACUUGACGUUUGUAUUUUACCUCAUCCAUUUUGUAUAGCAAGCCUGUCUGUUUGGCAUGAGUUACUCGUGUGCGGUUGCUGUCAGUGCUAGUUGUUAUCAAUGAAGGUUUGAUGGGUUAUGUACUGUACUGUAGUAGUCAGACUGUUGGCUUGCUUUGUUGUCAGUUGAAAAGAUUUGGAAAUAUACAAUGAGGUUAAAGUGUAGGAGAAGGGUAGCAUUA